AUGUGCUGCCAAAAGGCGGGGGAGACUUGCGAUUAUAGCAUCCGCCUGAACUGGGAUGGCCGCCGGGGAAAGAGACAGGAGCCAGGCACUAUCGACUUCAGUCAGGAUGUGCUAUCACCGACGGUUCCGGCUCCGGCCAAGGGCUUCAAAUUGGUUCAUCAGUUCCCGGCUCCGAAUAACACAUCCACGCGCAAGCUGGAGCCGCUGGUAUCCCCGGGCAGCUCGGUGAAGCCGGAAUCCAACUUCACCACGCCCAGUGCUGACGCGUCGAGUGUCACUUAUGGAAGUCCGUCGGACCAAUUUCAAGUGCCUAACAAGCGCAUCAAGCUCGAUCCCGGCUCAGUCCCCUCGGACACUUCAGAGAAGAAACCUUACUCUUCUCCUUCAUCCACCGUAGACGUCGGAACUCCCGUAUUCAGAGUUCCCGCCUCAACCACAUCUUCUACCGGAUCACCAUUGACGCCCGCCGCAUCCAUAUAUAGCGAUGAGGGUCCUUCGCGCCAUGUUCCACGGUCCGAGCCUUCACCUGAUCUGAGGAGAAUGUCCGUACAUUCCCUUUUGUCGGGGCCUGGGGGCCGGUUGCAAGAUGAUGCCAGCAGUUACCAGCAUUCUUCCCCAGGUGACUUGUUACCAUCACAUCAGAAUGGACCAAAAUUCUACGGCAUUGAUCGCGGCUUGCCAGACCUAGACCUUGGCAAGAACGACGACGAUAAUGCCAUUGGCACAGGCUAUACACCUCUGAGCCAACGUGAUCGUAUUGAAACGCCAGAGGGGGAAUUCGAGACGGACUUAUUCUCCACGGAGUUCUCAUUUGGUUUUGAGGCUACAGAUAUCAAGGGUGAAGCCAAGGCCUACUAUGACAAGCCCGUGGAGAUAUACAUUCCUCAGUACCUGGAGCCGCUGCCAUCCAGCCUGACGAAGAAUCCCAUGAACCUGCUCUACUUUCACCACUUUAUCCACCACACAGCCAAAGUGUUAGUUCCAUACGACGACCCCCAGGCAAAUCCCUUCCGAACGACUCUACCCCUCAUGGCUGUGAGGAACCAAAACCUUCUGGCUCUUAUUCUUGCAUACUCUGCAUCCCAUCGAGCGCGUCUGUUGAGACACCCCGAGCCGAGCUUGCGUAUAGCCAUGUGGGUGGACGACAUCUUCCCUGCUUUGCGAGAGGCUUUGUCAGAUCCGAACCAGAACUUCUCGGAUGCAAAUGUAGCCACAGCCAUCAUGCUCGCAUCGUUGGAGAUUGUCUCGCCCAAGGUGUUUGGGUACUCUAUACCGUGGCAGAAGCACCUCGGUCUUGCUCGAGAAUUGAUCGUGGCUCGGCCGGGCGGGCUCCACUACGAGACAAACUUUCGAAAAGAUCACGUCUGUUCGUUUCUUUGGAGUUGGGCUGCUUACCUUGACGUCAUGGGAAGCUUGACCGGCGGACCGAAGGAUUCAUCAACCGCCUGGAUGUUUGACUACGAACUCGAGGACAAACACGACGGAUAUGAUGAGAUUGAGUGUAUAAUGGGUUUCACGACGAGAUGCGUAUACCUAUUGGCAAAGAUUGCAGACCUCGCUCGCAACUGCGACAACGAGCGCAUUGGUCCGGAUAAUACUAUUCGCGAUGAUUGGGAGCCAAGCAAGGAUGUUUUGGAAACGGCGCUCAAGAUCGAAAGCGACAUCAAGAGCAGCAUGAACCAACCAAUUACACCCUGUAAACAUAUCCUAGCAGGCGGGAACCUUGAUAAAUGGGAUCGAGCGGAACUCGCUGCCACGAACGAAGCUUUCCAUUGGGCCGGAUUAAUCCAUCUUUACCGGCGAAUCCUGGGGAGGCCUUCUGAUGACGACAAGGUUCAAGAAGCCGUCAGCAAGAUCAUAUCUUGCUUUUCUAGGAUUCGGAGAGGAGGGAGCGCUGAGGCUUGCUCCCUGUUCCCCAUCUUCACGGCUGGGUGCGAUGCAAGAGAUGAGGCACAGAGGGCUUUUGUCAUUGAGCGGCUUGGCACCGGCGAGAACCAAGUGAACUCGGCUGUUUUAAAGGUUCACAAAGCUCGGCGGAUUAUGGAAAAAGUAUGGGAAACCGGACAACCUUGGGAAACCAUGCUCAGCACGGAGUUUAUCGGAUAG